AUGUUCCGGAUCUCAAUCCUGCAAGUCGCGCACAAUUACAGAUCAUAGAUCAAAUCGGUGAAAGAAAAGCGGAUAUGAUUUUAGAAGAGAGGAAUAAAAGAAAAUUCAAGGAUUUAUCUGAUGCAGAAAAGAGGCUCCCAAGCAUGAAGAAACAAUUAACACAUUUUAAAGUCAGUUCCUCGUAUCGUUUGUCAUCUCUUAAAAAGAUCACCCCAGAAACAGCAAGUCGUUCCCUUGGGCUGAGGUGGGGUGCAUCCACAAAUGAUUGUCGAUGCUACCAUUCGUCCAUAACCGAGCCAUCUUUGUCUCUUCUCGCUAGCAGUUAUGUGGAGUAUGUGUGUUUCAUGAUUCAUAAUUCCAUAUCUGAUUUCUUAUUUCCUCAUACAGUCUUGUAG